AUGACCUCGAUGCGCACGCGCUCUGCAUCCCCCAAGUCCGUCUCUUUCUCCCCUGUACUCGAGAGAAAGUACAGUGUAAAAUGUGAACCAUCCAGCCCGCCAGAGCUGAACUGUUCCGACUGGCGUAUGUACUUCAGUGAUUUCAGCUCAUAUUUAGACGCCCUCCUCGCCGACCUGCAAAAUUCCAUAAACCCCGGGCGAGUAUCAAGUCCAAGUGGAAGAACAGGGUCUCCGAGUGCAAGAACUACGUCCCCAGGCAGGACUGCCUCGCCUAUCGGCAGGGGUGGUUCCCCGGGUCGCCUGAGCUCUCCCGGCGGUAGUCUCAGUUCACCCACAUCAACCGGCUACGGUUCCAUCAACGGCACCAAAAAUAUCUCGUCGGAUUAUUACAAACCAAGCUCCCCCACGUAUCAGAACACAACGACCAUUCACGAAAAGAUCGUUCCAUCCAAAUACACCACAACCCAAACGAGCUACGCCAGCCAUUCCCCGGGAUACACAAACAGUCAGACCACCGGUUACGGCAGGACUACAGGCGGGAGAGGCAACCUGUCCGAAUUGGACACAUUGCUGGACGAUUUGAGCAACGCACGGUACGGGAACUAUGUUGAGAAGACAACGUACAAUGAGAGGAAUGAGGGCUACGGGAGAGCAAAUGGUGCGACCAGUCCGGCAUCGUCUAGACCGACCGUCGACUCGCUUCUGGACCAACUCAGCACCGACGUACCUAACGGGCGUACAUCCGUAUCACCGGUUCCGCCAUCGUCAGGCACUUUACCACGUCCCGGCACCAAACAAGUGACGGUGACGGUGCAAGAGACCGUGGUGGAGCCAGCCCAAGCACAACAGCAACCGCCACCGACGAUCGCGACCCGCCAUCAUCAUCAUGCAUCCAGCGCUACGAAGGAGCUCGAUGACCUUAUGGCUUCACUCUCUGACUUCAAGGUGAGCAGUGCGCCGACGGAUAGUGGCGCUCACGUCUACCGGGAGAAGCACGCGUGGCAGGAACAGUACCGCAGCAACCCGCGCCAAGCAGAGUCCGCGUCUUUGGAGCAUAUGCUCGGAUCCCUCCGGGCAGACAUGAGCCGCCAAGGAGUCCAAACCCCCCAGAAGGGAUGCUGCAACGCCUGCGAGAAGCCCAUCGUUGGGCAGGUGAUCACCGCCUUGGGUCGCACAUGGCAUCCUGAGCACUUCACAUGCGCUCACUGCAACCAAGAGUUGGGAACUAGGAACUUCUUCGAGCGCGAUGGAAGGCCGUACUGCGAACCGGAUUACCAUAAUCUGUUCUCGCCAAGAUGCGCAUACUGCAACGGACCAAUCCUCGACAAAUGCGUGACAGCUUUAGAGAAGACCUGGCAUACAGAGCACUUCUUCUGUGCUCAAUGCGGCCAGCAGUUUGGGGAAGAAGGGUUCCACGAACGGGACGGAAAGCCUUAUUGCCGCGCCGAUUACUUCGACAUGUUUGCCCCUAAGUGCGGUGGAUGCAGCAAACCUAUCAUGGAAAACUACAUCUCCGCACUUAACACCCAGUGGCAUCCAGACUGCUUCGUUUGUAAGGAAUGUCGCGAACCAUUCCAUGGAGGAUCAUUCUUCGAGCACGAAGGUCAACCGUACUGCGAAACGCAUUACCACGGUAAGCGUGGCUCCCUCUGCGCCGGCUGCCAUAAACCGAUCGCCGGACGUUGCAUCACCGCCAUGUUCAGAAAGUUCCAUCCAGAACAUUUCGUCUGUGCCUUCUGCCUCCGACAACUCAACAAAGGCACAUUCAAAGAGCAGAAUGAUAAGCCGUAUUGCCAUGCUUGCUUUGACAAGCUGUUUGGAUAA